AUGGACUCUGAGGACGAACCCUUGAGGCGCCAGCAAACGCCAGAUUUUGACACCUCCCAAGCACCUGCUGUCGACACGCUACACGACUUGCAUCAGGCCGAAACAAAUCGCGGCAAGCGCCGCAUUGCCACUGUUUACGAUGCUGUCGCUGGCAGACUCUCACAUCACCACGACCUAAGCAAGGGCGGCGAAGGCGGCAGCAGACCUCCCUCCGUCGCCAAGCACUCUCUCCGCGAAGCAAAUUAUGGGCCAGACGAGGUGCUCUUCCGUCGCAAGGACGCCCCGGCGCGGUACGCCGAGCACGACAUCUACUACGCAAAUGAGAGGCAUCUCCCCCACGGCGGCCGCCACGGCGGCCGCCACGGCGUCCUGCCCGAGAGCGACCUGCUCAAGGCGGUCCACGGCUACGCUGGACGAUUCUACGGGCGCAUGCGGCGCGGUCGGGGCAGCGCGACGGCGCAGAUCCACAACGUCGACGAGGCCAGCAUGGACGAGACGGCGCUGCUGGCGUUUGGCAUCCUGCUCGAGGAGGCCGGCCGUGACGUCCUUGGCAAAAGGGGCGACAUGGUCUUUACAGAGGGCGUCGAGCCAGAGGGCACGGCGGCGUCGAUGCACCCCCCGAGGAACAAGCAAAUUCUCACGGGCACCGUCGGAUCACUGGACGGCAUCCCGCGCCCAUCGCAGGUGAAGAGGCGAUCCAAGAGACGUAGGGUCGGAAGCCCAAGACAGGCAGAGUCCUGA